AUGAAGACGGGAGAAUCUGGCUCUGGCAGUGCCCCUCUCAGUGCGGAUACACCGGAAAGCCUUUUCCCAGACUCUGCUCUUCCAAUCUGGCGAGAUGAAUUCGAUCUGCUUACCUGGAAUCUGGACGGACUCGAUGAUCGCAUGCUGCGCCUGCGGAUGCUCGCAGUCUGUUCUGAAGUGCUGCAGCGACGCCCAGCAGUGGUGUUGCUGCAGGAGGUCGUUGAUAGCAGUGCCAGGCUGCUUCAGCAGCGACUGCAGCAGCAUUACAGGCUGUACUUACCUCGGCCUCCCCCAUCUUCUGACGCAGCUGCUGCUCCUCCAGAAGCGUCGAGCGACACGCAGGCACUGGUUCCUGGCUGUCCUUAUUACUGUGCAGUGCUUCUUUGCAGAAAGCAGAUGGUGCCGCCUGCGCGAGGAGAGCUGCAGUCUCUUUGGUUCCCAGGCAGCAGCAUGGGGAGGCAUUUGUUGUAUGGAUGCUGCAGCAGCAGCAAACGACCCCAGGAGCCUCUGCUGGUGCUAACCACCCACUUGGAGUCGAUGAGGCCGUUUAUGCAGCAGAGAAGGGAGCAGCUGAUGCACUGCUUCCGACUCAUGGAAGCCGUCACUACGGCUGACCCCCUGCAGCAGCAUGAGGAGCAGCAGAAGGAAGAGGGGCCAGUCUUCUCCGACGCAUUCCCCCUGGGAAAGGCUGAAAAAGUCAGCACUGCGAUCCUUGCAGGAGAUCUGAAUCUCAGAGAUGACGAGCUCCUGCUGGAUCGCCGACACCAUCAACAGGGGGGGCCAAAUAAGCGAUUCAAAGGCGGAGGCGGAAGCAGCAGCAGCAGCAGCGAUACAAUUGUGCCCAGGGGAACGAUUGACGCAUGGGAAUUCUUGGGGCGAAGCUCUAGGUGUAUGUACACCUGGGACAUGUUGUGGAACGACAACCACGCCGAAGUCAAGAGGCGCUACAAGCCGAGAUGCAGAUUCGAUAGGGUGUUCGUCACCUCAGACCCUCCUCUGCAGCUUUCUUCGCGCCAGGAAGGCGAACUCGAAGACGCCUCUCCCCCCAGUGGCUCUCCAGAGCGCUCCAAGAAGGGGCUUUGCCAGGAAAGCGGAAUCGACGAACCAACAGCUGCAGCAGACCAACCCCGUUGGUGCCCUGUUGGGAUGAGCCUGGUUGGCACCCAGCGACUCGAAAGCGUCGGCUGUUUUCCCUCAGAUCAUUUUGGCAUUCUGUGCCGCUUUAGAAGGCUAGGAGGAUCAGACGAAUGGAUACUGGUAUCUAGCGGGGGAGGUCCUGCUACUCCUGACGCUCUCAGAGUAGACACACACACUCGCGCCGACCGGUACGCGAUAGAUGCUAUUGUAGCCAAGCAGUUAUUUCAGAUGUGCCUAUGCGUGCGAAAACGUUCACCCCAUGAGGGUAGCGCGUGUGCUUGCAGAGUUAUUGCUUGCAAAUGGGAGGAGGCAUGCCCCAAGAGUGCAGCUGGCCGGACCCUCAGUGACGGUUCCCACGAGGCUUGA